GCUAUGGCCAACAGCCAGAGGAACAGGAUGAUGAUGAUGAGGAGGAGGAGUCCAGCUCCAGCAGCAGGGCCAAGUCGUCUAAGAGGCAUUGGGUGCACCUGGGCCCAGAAUGGGGUGAGACCAAAGAGGGCUUCAGGUGUACAAACAAGAAGAACUCAGUGCCCAGAAAUCCAAAGUUGAAGUGGCUGGCAGCAAUUGACAAGGAGAGAUACCCACCUAGCACCACUUGCAUGCUCAGUGAACUCCAACUAGAGCAGCUGCUUUGGUGCUUGACUGGGCUUUCCCCUAAGAUUUCUGUGAAAGACUUGGAUGUGAAGACCAGAUGUGAGUUGACCCUUGGCUGGACUCAGAAGCAGCUGAUCAAGGACCAGGCACAGAGGGGAGCAGACCAGCAAGACAGUCCUCCCCCACCUUCUGUCUUUCAGAAGUACAGCAAGAUCAAAGGGCCCAAUGGAGAGCUUGAAGUAUGCCAUGUGGAGAGGGGCAUGAAGGUGGUGGUGGGCCCACCACAUGCUCCCAUUGCCUUGGCCUACAGAAACUCUUGCUACUACUUGAAGCUGGCAGAGACAAGCAAGACUUCUGAGGUGCUGAUGAAAGCAGAUGAUGUGUUUGAGCAUGCUGAUGGUGUGCAAGCUUGGUAUGCCAAAGUGGCAGAGACUGCACUGCUGAACCAGGACUACCUGAAGGGCAUUGGCAAGCUGUGCAACUUGCAAACUUGGAGCAGCAUCUACUUGGGUCAUGGAGGGGCAGCACUGCCCACCAGGCAGCAAAAUUUGCUUGAAGCUUUUGGCCAAGCUGCACAGGGGCACCCACAGAUGGGACAGCUGCAGCAGCAACCAGCACAAUCACAAGGCCAUGGCCAACAGCAACCACCUGGGCAGACACCACAACAACACAUAGAGCAGACAGGGCAGCAGAGGCAGCAACAAGAUGGUCAAAGCCCUGUGCCACAGCCACAGCAGCAGCAGCAGCAGCAGCAGCAGCAGCCUGCUGACCAAGCUGUGCCACAACCUAUUCAGCAGGUGGGCCAACAAGCACCAAAGCAAAGUGGCCAGCAGCCAGAUGCCACACAGAAUAACCAGCAACCUGAGCAGGCUGCACAACAGCCACCUGCAGAUGGCCAGCAGAACCUGCAGCAGGAUGCAAAAAGCAACAGGUGGGCCACCUACAGACUGAGCAGCCACCACAGCAGUCUGCAGCAGGACAGACUGAACAGACUGACUCACAACAGCCACAAGCUUCUGCCUCUCAGAUUGGCCAACCACCAGGCCUUGGUGAUGGCCCUAAGUGAAGCCUUCAGCUCUGAUGCACUUCAACUAGCCAAAAAGAGGAGACAAGAAGCUGCAGUGCCUGUGCUGAAUCACUGGUCCUGGUGGCAGUGCUGGGCUGCACCAUAG